ACGCCCAGAGAAAUCAAGCAAAGAAAGCACAGCGGUGAAGAACAUAUCCCCUCCAGGCAGGCCAGAGCUUGCAUUUCAUUGUUGGAGUCUCUGGGCUGAAACCAAACUAAACGCAAGAGAUUUAGUAUUGAAUAAAUUAUGGCAGAGAAUUCUGGAAGUCACAAAUUUGAAGAUGUCGAAAAAAUUAAAAAUUUUCUCCUUGAAAAAACAUCUGUCCGACCCACUGUUGGAGUUAUAUGUGGCUCUGGUUUGGGAGGUCUAGUGAACAAUGUUGAGAACAAAGAAAGUUUUAAUUACGAAGACAUUCCUGGUUUUCCUGUUAGCACAGUGAAAGGACAUGCUGGUAAACUUGUGUUUGGAACAUUAAGUGGAAAAACUGUUGUAUGUUUGCAAGGUCGUUUUCAUUUCUAUGAAGGACACAGUAUUUAUAAGUGCACGCUUCCAGUCCGUGUCAUGGCUGCACUUGGUAUAAAAACAUUAGUUGUAACAAAUGCUGCAGGGGGUGUGAACAGAAGUUUUAACGUAGGUGAUAUUAUGAUUAUCAAGGACCAUAUUGGCUUCCCUAUGAUGUCUGGUAAUCACCCACUGGUUGGGUUAAAUGAUGACAGGCUUGGUCCAAGAUUUCCAUCCAUGACUAGUAUCUAUGAUAAGACCUUACAAACGAAAGCAAGUGAUAUUAGCAAAGAGUGUGGAUAUGGUGACUUCACUCGAAAUGGUGUAUACUGCAUGUUAAGUGGACCCACGUAUGAAACUCAGGCUGAGCUUCGUCUAGUACAGGCUGUUGGUGGGGAUGCUGUGGGAAUGAGCACCGUUCCUGAAGUGAUUGUUGCUGCACACAUGGAUGUUAAAAUUCUAGGCAUCUCCCUAAUAACUAAUAAGUGUAUUAUGGAGUAUGACACAAACGAGAAGCCGAAUCAUAAAGAAGUUUUGGAAGUUGGAAAACAGAGGUCUGAAUGUGUGUUGGAUAUUGUAACGAAACUUAUUGGAGCUAUUUAAUCGCAGCAUUGCGAACGAAGAAGCCUAAAAUUCGCAAGUACAUUCUUGUUAUACGUCGUUGAUAAAUUUUUAAUGUGAAUCUAAUAUAGUUCUAUUUUGUGAUUAAGUCUAACUGCCAUAUAAAAUUAUUUUUUGCUAAAAUUUUUAAAGUUGUUACUUUCUUCAUAUAUAUUACAGUGUAACUUACAACAAGAAAUGCAAUGUAUCUUUGCAUAAAUAAAAUCGCUUCCAAUAUUAUUUUUCUUUUUGCCUUACUAACAAAAAAGACACGGUUAAUAUACGAUAAGUAAUAACUUCUUUUGUUAUGUCAAAAUGAUGUUUCAGUGUUUUACAAGCUCUUGCUCAAAUUCGCGUUAAACUUUGCUAUUAACUUUGAUUGACAUUAAAAUUGAAUAUUCAUAUUUGUAUUGAUGUAGUUGUAUCAUUUUGUUUAUUUUUAUCACUAUCGUUUGUAACAUGUGUAUAUUUACUAGAAUACUUGAUUUUAAAACUGCUAA